AUGGCCUCACCUCCGCAGCCCCCCUCCCCCACUGGUAAAUCCGUCGCCGCCUCCGACCCCCUCCCUACCGGCGCCGCUGCCACCUCCGGCCCCCUCCAUGUAGCCGCCUCCGACCCCCUCCCUACCGGCGCCGCCGCCACCUCCGGCCCCCUACCUGUUCCAGCCUCCGACCCCCUCUCUGAAGGAAGUGGGAACCAGCUGGCCUCCGGUCACGGCAGCAAUCAAGGCCCCCUGUCCGGUGAGGGUAGCAAUGAACGGCAGCUGUCCGAUCAAGGCAGCCAAGUUGUCGCUGGCGAAGGUCAGGCCAGCAACGAGGAAGUGGCAGCAGAGGAGUUGAGCUCGUGGAUUCCAUCUCACAAUUCUCCACCUGAAGCCACAGCUCCUUCACUGCACAAACUGACCAAAUCCUUGCAAUACUAA